AUGACUACUCCAAACAAGAAGCACUUGUCAGUCUCGAAGGGCUGCGACGACGAACAAAAGAACGAAAGACGAGCCAAGGUAUCGUUUGGCGAGGAUACCAGAGCGAAUAGAGCCUUAUACGAAACGGAUAAAAGUAAUGAUAACGGAGCAACGGAUGCUCAAUUGAAGAGGAAAAUUCGAAACCGUGACGCUCAACGUGCGCACCGAGAACGAAAAGAACGGCGCUUGAAAAGCCUAGAGGAAGCUCUCAAGCGACUCGAACAGUCACAAGUACAUACCGAAAGGGAGAAUGAACGCCUUAAGAACGAUCUUCAGGUAAAGACAGUUGAGAAUAAAGUCCUCAAGGCCACUACUUCCUCGAGUGGUGACGUCGGGGCCGAGCAUUUUGUGAUUGGCUCUCCACCACGGCUCAGUUCGGCCAUUUUCAUCCCCAACGUGCUUGGAGGUCAUGGAGAACAAAUCGGGGGCCUUCAAUCAAUACCAUCCGAGAGUCAAAGACGGCUUUCUCCCAGCGCUGCUUGGGACUACGUGGUCCAACAUGAGCUGUACAAGCGUGGGGCUAUCGAUAUGUCAAGUCUUGGGACACAUGUGAGAAAAUAUGCUAGAUGUAAUGGGAAUGGACCUAUUUUCUACGUGAGCGAUAUCAACAAAGCAAUCCAGGAGAGCUUGGUGGAAAGAUCGAAUUCUCUCAUGGAGGAAAACGACAGUUAA